AUGCAACUUCAGUUUACAGAUGAGGAAGCUGUUUAUCGAUUCUACAAGACUUAUGCAAUGAUGCACGGUUUCGCUGUGAGGUUGGAUGAAGUCAGACGCGAUAGCGAUGGUUGCGUAAUUAUGCGCCAAAUUGUUUGCAAUCGGGCGGGCUCAAGAAAGGAAGAGGUUGAAAAGGACGAAAGAAUCCUGGACCACCAACCCCUAACUCGAAGUUGUUGCCGGGCGAGAAUUCGUGCAAGACUAGAUAGAAAAAUUCAUAAAUGGAAGGUUGUUUCAUUCUACGAAGAGCACUUUCAUGGAUUAGUUGAUCCACUUGACGUUAGCAUGAUGCCUGAGUAUCGCACAUUCAGUGUCUCGGAUAAAGCUCAGGCGAAGAAUUUGCACGACAUAGGAAUCAGGACCUGUCACAUCUUGGGAUACUUGGCUGCUCAAAAAGGUGGAUAUGCAAACUUGAAGGAAAAAGUGAAGGGUGGUGAUGCAAAUGCUGCAAUAAGCUACCUGAGAGGUAAAGCUAGGAAUGAUUCUUAUUUCUUUGGCAAGUACACAUUAAGUAAUGAGAAUCAAUUGGAAAAUUUGUUUUGGGCUGAUGGGACUAGCCCUAUUGAUUAUGAAUGCUUUGGGGAUGUCUUGACAUUUGAUUCGACUUACAAUAGGAACGUCUACAAUAAACCACUUGUGAUAUUUUCUGGUAGCAAUCAUCAUGGGCAGACCGUCAUAUUUGGAUGUGGUCUUAUUGUUAAUGAGGAUAUUGGUUCAUACAAGUGGCUCUUGGAAACUCUUUUGGAAGCAAUGGGGAAUAAACACCCUAUGGCAGUUGUCACCGACGGAGAUCUUUCAAUGAGAGAAGCCAUUAAAUAG